AAAAGUGGGUUCUGGGGAGCAAACUCUGCUGGCAAGGCAAGACUUCACCGACAGCCAUCUCCCUGGCCCCCUGCGCGUUUAAUGUUCUGAAGCUGUGCUCAUCUUUUCCUUCGCAGGGAUGAAGGUGGAAGAGAAGGCUGGGGACAGAAAGCUGGAUCCUACAAUCUACAGGAGGAGACAGCCAGGCCAAGAUUUCCCUUCGAUACACAUUGGGUUUCCAGUGCCCAGUUGCUCUCAAAGGAAAAGUGACUCAAAGGGACAUCUUUCAGGCCUGCAAAAAGUCCAGUGGGUCCUGCAGCCAGACAAACCACAGCAGGAGCUGCUUGGCCCAGGGCUCAGGGCCAGCAGCCGGGGAGGCGGCGUGGAUUUUACCAAAAGGACCCGGUCUCCGGCUGCUGAGCAGCUACAGGACAUCCUGGGGGAGGAAGAUGAGGCUCCCAACCCCACCCUCUUCACAGAGAUGGACACUCUACAGCAUGAUGGGGACCAGAUGGAGUGGAAGGAGUCGGCCAGGUGGAUAAAAUUUGAAGAAAAGGUGGAGGAAGGAGGAGAACGCUGGAGCAAGCCCCAUGUGUCCACACUGUCCUUGCACAGCCUCUUUGAGCUCCGCACCUGCCUGCAGACAGGGACGGUGCUGCUGGAUCUGGACAGCAGCUCCCUACCGCAGAUCAUAGAUGAUGUCAUUGAGAAGCAGAUAGAGGAUGGGCUUCUGCGACCAGAGCUCCGGGAAAGGGUCAGCUACGUGCUCCUGAGGAAGCAUCGUCACCAAACCAAGAAGCCCAUCCACCUCUCCCUUGCAGACAUUGGGAAGUCGGUCUCCACUACACAUCGCAGCUCGGCCAGGAGUCCCUCGGCAGGCCCGACUCUGCGCCGCUCCACCGAGGACCUGAGGAUUCGGCAAAGCACCAGCUAUGGACAUCUGUAUCACGCCCAGAGUAGAAGCAUGAAUGACAUCUCUCAUACCCCAAACACGGACCAGCGGAAAAACAAAUUCAUGAAGAAGAUCCCCAAGGACUCGGAAGCCUCCAACGUGCUUGUGGGCGAGGUGGACUUCCUGGACCAACCGUUCAUUGCAUUUGUUCGCCUCGUCCAGUCUGCCAUGCUGGGAGGGGUGACAGAAGUGCCUGUCCCCACCAGAUUUCUGUUCAUUCUUCUGGGACCCUCUGGGAGAGCAAAGUCCUAUAAUGAAAUUGGCCGAGCCAUUGCGACCCUCAUGGUGGAUGACCUCUUCAGCGAUGUGGCUUAUAAAGCCCGGAACCGGGAAGAUCUGAUUGCAGGAAUUGACGAAUUUCUAGAUGAGGUCAUUGUCCUUCCCCCUGGAGAAUGGGAUCCGAACAUCAGAAUUGAGCCGCCCAAGAAGGUGCCCUCGGCUGACAAGAGGAAAUCUGUGUUCUCUUUGGCAGAGCUGGGCCAGAUGAACGGCUCUGCGGGCGGAGGCGGUGCCUCGGCUGGAGGAGGCGGCGGUGGCGGAGGGGCUGGAGGUAGCGGGGCCGGCGGAGUGGGCAGUGGCGACGAGGCUGAGAUGCCAGCUAUGCAUGAAAUCGGAGAGGAGCUGAUCUGGACCGGAAGGUUCUUUGGGGGCCUUCGCCUGGAUGUCAAGAGGAAGCUGCCCUGGUUCCCAAGUGACUUCUAUGACGGCUUCCACAUCCAGUCCAUCUCGGCUGUUCUGUUCAUCUACCUCGGCUGUAUCACCAACGCCAUCACCUUUGGUGGGCUUCUGGGGGAUGCCACAGACAAUUAUCAGGGAGUAAUGGAGAGCUUCCUGGGCACUGCCAUGGCUGGUGCCUUGUUCUGCCUCUUCUCGGGGCAGCCCCUCAUCAUCCUCAGCAGCACCGGGCCCAUCCUCAUCUUCGAGAAGCUCCUCUUUGACUUCAGCAAGGCCAAUGGCCUGGACUACAUGGAGUUCCGCCUCUGGAUCGGCCUGCACUCAGCCAUCCAGUGCCUUAUCCUGGUGGCCACAGACGCCAGCUUUAUCAUCAAGUAUAUCACCCGGUUCACCGAGGAGGGGUUCUCCACCCUCAUCAGCUUCAUCUUCAUCUACGAUGCCAUCAAAAAGAUGAUCGGUGCCUUCAGUUAUUAUCCCAUCAACACGGACUUCAAGCCUGACUCCAUCACCACCUACAAAUGCGAGUGUGUCGCUCCUGACGCAGUGAACACAACCACGCUCAAUGCCUCAGCCUCACUGGCACCAGACACCAACACGUCUCUGUACACCCCCCUUAACCUCACAGCGCUGGACUGGUCCCUGCUGAGCAAGAAGGAGUGUCUGAGCUACGGUGGGCGCCUGCUAGGGAACUCCUGCCGGUUCAUCCCAGACCUGGCACUCAUGUCCUUCAUCCUUUUCUUCGGGACUUACUCCAUGACCUUGACUCUGAAGAAAUUCAAAUUCAGCCGCUAUUUUCCUACCAAGGUCCGGACCCUGGUGGCUGACUUUUCCAUUGUUUUCUCCAUCUUGCUGUUCUGUGGAAUCGAUGCCUGUUUUGGCCUGCAAACCCCCAAGCUGCAUGUGCCUAAUGUCAUCAAGCCCACCCGGCCUGACCGAGGCUGGUUUGUUGCCCCCUUUGGGAAGAACCCUUGGUGGGUGUACCCAGCGAGCAUCCUGCCCGCCCUCCUGGUGACCAUCCUGAUCUUCAUGGACCAGCAGAUCACCGCUGUCAUUGUCAACCGGAAGGAGAACAAGCUAAAGAAGGCCGCGGGCUACCAUCUGGACCUGUUCUGGGUGGGCAUCCUCAUGGCUCUGUGCUCUUUCACGGGGCUGCCCUGGUACGUGGCUGCCACGGUCAUCUCCAUUGCCCACAUCGACAGCCUCAAGAUGGAGACAGAGACCAGUGCCCCGGGGGAGCAGCCGCAGUUCCUGGGAGUCAGGGAGCAGAGAGUGACCGGUGUCCUGGUCUUCAUCCUGACAGGCAUCUCCGUCUUCCUGGCUCCCAUCCUAAAGUACAUCCCCAUGCCAGUGCUCUAUGGCGUCUUCCUCUACAUGGGUGUAGCCUCCCUCAACGGCAUCCAGUUCUGGGAACGCUGUAAGCUUUUCCUCAUGCCAGCCAAGCACCAGCCGGACCAUGCCUUCCUGCGCCAUGUACCCCUUCGCCGGAUCCACCUGUUCACCCUGGUGCAGAUCCUCUGCCUGGCACUACUCUGGAUCCUCAAGUCAACCAUGGCCGCCAUCAUCUUCCCAGUCAUGAUCCUGGGCCUUAUCAUUGUUCGAAGGCUCCUGGACUUGGUUUUCUCCCAGCACGACCUGGCCUGGAUUGACAACAUCCUCCCAGAGAAGGAGAAACAGGAGACAGACAAGAAGAAGAAGAAAAGGAAAGGGAUCCAUGAAAACCCUGACGAGGAGCCCCAGUUCCUUCCUCCCUCAGUCAUAAAGAUCCCCAUGGAAAGUGUCCCAUCUGAUCCCCAAAACGGUAUCCACUGCAUUGCCAGAAAAAGAUCUUCCAGUUGGAGUUACUCAUUCUGACUCUUCCUUCAGUGGCUCAGAACUGGAUCGAAGCAUCACCUUGCACUUCAAAAUCUCUUGUCCGGCUUCACCUGCUUUCAGCUACUCACGGAGUCCAGUCUUCAUGGUGCCGCAGGUGAAGAUAGAGAUGGAGUCCGACCUUGACUUCACAGACAAUGAGGACUGUGGGAG